GGAUUCUUGGCUGGCAGUGUUUUGAAGCGCUGUGAGCCGUAAGCUCCUGCAAGUCAUGUGACCUUCCAGACCCAGCUCGUAGUUUAUUUCCGGUGUGGAGUUGCACUUUGGAUGCAGCUUAGUUCCAACUUAACUAAACUCUGGAUAGACGCUAGAGAGGCAUGGCACUCUGGCGGGCAUACCAGAGGGCCCUGGCUGCACAUCCGUGGAAAGUCCAGGUUCUGACAGCUGACUUACCUUUAGGGAGAUGUCCUGACAACACCUGUGUGCCCUGCACAGGGUCACUGAUGGGCCUAGGUGACAUUAUCUCACAGCAGCUGGUGGAGAGGCGGGGUCUCCAGGAACACCAGACAGGCCGAACUCUGACCAUGGUGUCCAUGGGCUGUGGCUUUGUGGGCCCUGUAGUUGGAGGCUGGUAUAAGGUUUUGGACCGCUUUAUCCCCGGCACCACCAAGGUGGACGCUCUGAAGAAGAUGGUGUUAGACCAGGGGGCCUUUGCCCCCUGUUUUUUAGGCUGUUUCCUCCCCCUGGUAGGGGUGCUCAAUGGAAUGUCAGCACAGGACAACUGGGCCAAACUACAGCGGGACUACCCCGAUGCCCUCGUCACCAACUACUAUCUCUGGCCUGCUGUGCAGUUAGCCAACUUCUACCUGGUCCCCCUGCAUUACAGGUCUUCAGCCAGCACGCUGUCCUGGUCAGACCUCCUCAGAGUCUCCAGCAUUUCAUUCAGAACCUUGGAUCCUUCAGGGAGACUAUCUCAGACGACCCCAGCUGACCUGUCAGCUCCACUGGGAGGCUUCUGUUCCCACAGACCUUUUUCCAUCUCACUGAGUUCCACGUUUGGUGGCCCGUCUGCAGGGACAGUGCCUAGCUGUGGUACAGGGGCAGCUUAAGUUAGACAAAAGGUAGACUCAUGCCAACUAGGAGCCUUAUCUGGUUAGUUCCCCUUGGAGGAUUACUUUGUCCUAGUAAUAAAGCUUGUGGCUGAACUGCAGUUUAAAAAA